AUGGGUAGACGUAAGAUUGAAAUCAAGCCAAUUGAAGAAGAAAAAAACAGAUCAGUCACUUUUGCAAAACGUAAGGCAGGUCUUUUUAAAAAAGCUCAUGAACUGGCUGUUCUUUGUCAAGUGGAUGUUGCUUUGAUUGUUCUAGGUGCUAACAAUGCAUAUCAUCAAUACUCAUCUACUCCACUAGAUGAAUUCUUAGACGGAUAUUAUAGAUACCAAAAAUCCAUAACUGAGAUGAAGAAUUCAACUUCGAGGGAAUCACCUUCAAACAUAGCAUACCAUGCAUAUACUAAUAAUUUGAAUAUGCCUAUAAACUCUUUUCAACCAAGACGUUAUGAAGGGCAAGACGGUUUCUAUGGUAAUCCAGUAAUUUAUCACCCUGUAAAUAUCAAAAGGGAACGUAAUGUUUCGGAAAUGUAUGAUAAUCAAAUGAUGGAGAAUACCACCAAUAAUAUGAAGUUUAAAAGACAGAGAAUAGAGCAAACAGUUUAUUCGCCAGAAAUCGUUGCCCAUAAUGAAGCUGGGUACAGAAUCCCUGUCGGACCAACUCUUAUGGCACCAACGUCCAUGAACCUGCAGCAUAUAAUAUCUGUGGCGUCAAAUCCGCCCACAGUACUAAACCUUCCAAAUUCUGAAUCUUCAAAACCGAUGCACGCACCAGUGGCCAAUACAGUCGAAACCAUAUCGAGAAAAUCUUCUGCCGAAUUCAACAACCACAAUAUGACGUAUGUUAUUGACGGUCGUAAGCACUUGGAACCUAUUACUCCUAUUUCAUCUGAUCAAUGGGUUCAUAUGAACACCCCUUAUCAAAUACCCAUGCAAAAUCAUUUGCUGGCCCCAGGCAUGCCGUCUCGAUCCAUUUCUCCAUCUCAGCCAUUACCGCCCAUUAAAACCAUGACCAGUAGAAAAUUUCAGGCAUCUUUACACUCACCAAUUCAACAGCAUCACCAAUUACAGACGGCAACUUUAGUUUCUUCAUUUCAAAAUCAUAUUUCUGAUCCUAAUAUUAGCACAUCUCCCCGGUCAACCCUUUCUAACAGCAUCCCUAAAAAUGUGUGUCUUCCAAAGGGGAAUCAACGUACUGAAACACUGCAAAAGUUAGAAACAAAUGCUUCUAAACAGCCGUCUUCUUCUUCUACACCAACGUCGAGUGCAGGGGAAUCGUCUAAGCAAAGCGUUAUCGCACAGCUUCCGCCGAUAAAGAAACUGGAGAUUGUAAAACAUAGGACAGAUGCCAUUCUGCCGUCGAUACAUAGUUUUAAUGCCACAAUAGCAGGAAAUAAUGGUUAG